GCGCGUGUCGCCGCGGGCGAGUGAUGGGGGCAAGCGAGGCCGGGGGCAGGGUGAGCCCUCCCCAGGGUGUGCCCUGAGCGCCCCCGCCGCCCACGCCCGCCCCGCCCUCGCCGCCGCCGCCAUGGCUACAGAUUGCGGCGUUCCUGGGCGGCGCUUUCUCUGUCGCGAGUGGGCGUGGGCUAAGUUAUGGGCGUGCCUGGAGCAGCGGCCUGCGGCCAAGACCUGCGGGGCCUUGCUCGUGGGCGGCCCCGGCACCGGCAAGACCGCGCUCUGCACGGAGCUGGUCACGCCCACCGCCUCGCACGGACGCCACGCCAGUGCGCUGCAGGCGCGGCUGCUGGCGCACCACUUCUGCCACGCCCACAACGCCGCCUCGCUGAGCGUGGGCUGCUUCGUGCAGUCCCUGGUGGAGCAGCUGGCGGAGUCGCCGCUGCUGGCGGGCUACGACGCCAAGGUGCAGGCCGCGGACGUGCGCAGCGCCCUCGAGCCGUGCGCGCUGCACGCCAACCCCGACGAGGCGCUCAAGCGCGCCGUUCUGUUCCCGCUGCUGGAGCUGGACCCGCCGGACCGCACGCUGCUGCUGGUGGUGGACAGCAUCGAUGAGACGGACCUGCAGCCGCCGUCGACCGCCGCGCCGCGCGACGCCAACCUGGCCGACGCCAACAACAGCGGGCCGUCGCGCAGCAUCGCCGAGCUGCUGGCGACGCACCACCACCUGCUGCCGCAGUGGCUGCUGCUGGUGGUGACCGCGCGCCGCACCUCGCGCUCCGUCAUCCGCCAGUUCGCGGGCUUCAGGAAGGUGGCGCUGGACGACCUGCGGCGCGGCCACGUGGUGCGCGACGUGCAGCAGUACAUCCUGUGCCGCCUGGACCGCGAGCCGGCGCUGCGGCACCACCUGUCGCGCGAGACGGCGGAGAUGCUCAACCAGCUGCACAUCAAGAGCAACGGCUGCUUCCUGUACCUGGAGCGCGUGCUGGACGGCGUGGCGGAGGGCUGGGUCACGCUCAGGGAGAUCCGCCACAUCCCCGGCACGCUCAACGGCCUGUACCUGUGGCUGUGCCAGCGCCUGUACCCGCGGCGCCACUUCCAGCGCGUCAUGCCCCUGCUGGCGGCGAUCCUGGCCGCGCGCGCGCCGCUCUCGCCCGAGGAGCUGCGCCGCGCCGUGGAGACGCGCCUGCCGGACCUCGCCGACGAGGACUGGGCCAAGCGCUGGUCGCUGCUGCGCCGCGUGCUGGCGCCCGACCACGAGCUGCGCGUGCUGCUGUUCCACCACAGCUUCGCCGAGUGGCUGCUGGACGUGAAGCACUGCACGCAGAAGUACCUGGUGGACGUGGCGGACGGCCACGCCAUGCUGGCCAUGUGCCUCUCCGUGGAGGCGCCCAGCCUCGACGUGACGCAGGUGCACCAGCUGGCGCUCCACCUGUCGCGCAUCCACGUGAAGCCGCCCCUCGAGCACUUCCACCUGCCGCUGUGGAUGGUGUCGUGCGGCGCGCCCCUGGAGCAGUGCCGCGACCUGCCGCCCCCGCGCGACCCGAGGGCGCUGAGGAUCCUGCAGGAGGCGGGCGCUUCCCUCCCGGACGACCAGCCCAACGAGGACGACGAAGACGACGACGACGACGAGGACGAGGAGGAUGACGAGGUGGACGAAGCCGGCGACGAGGAAGGGCCGCCCACGGAGGACCCCCUCUACCCGUACCUCCGCGGCGGCCCGGUGGACCAGGUGGACAGCGGCGGCCGCUCCCUCCUGCACAGCGCGGCGCACCAGGGCGACGCCUCCCUGGUGCGCCUCCUGCUGGAGCGCGGGGCGUGUCUGGGCCUGCAGGACAGGGCGGGCCAGACGCCGCUCAACCUGGCGGCGCGACAUGGCCACGCGGAGGUGGUGGCCACUCUGCUGGGCGCGGGCGCCGACCCCGACCACGCGGACGCCGACGGCUGGACCGCGCUGCGCUCGGCGGCGUGGGGCGGCCACACGGGCGUGGUCACGGCGCUCCUGGCCGGCGGUACGCAGGUGGACUUGGCCGACGGCGACGGGCGGACGGCGCUGCGGGCAGCCGCGUGGGGCGGCCACGAGGACGUUGUCGCCGCGCUGCUGCGGCACGGAGCGGCGGUGAACCGCGCCGACAGCGAGGGCCGCACGCCGCUCAUCGCCGCCGCCUACAUGGGCCACUCGGAGAUCGUGGAGAUGCUGCUGGACGCGGGCGCCGACGUCAACCACCAGGACGUGGACGGCAGGACGGCGCUGAGCGUGGCGGCGCUCUGCGUGCCGGCCAGCGAGGGCCACGGCAGCGUCGUCAUGACUCUGCUGGAGCGCGACGCCGUCGUCGACCACCAGGACCACGACGGCCUCACGCCGCUGCUCGUCGCCGCCUUCGAGGGACACACGGAGGUGUGCGAGCUCCUGCUGGAGUACGAGGCGGAUGUAGACCACGUGGAUCGGUCGGGCAGGACGCCCCUCCUGGCGGCGGCGUCGAUGGGGCACGCGGCGGUGGUGGAGCGCCUGCUGUUCUGGGGCUGCUACGUGGACCACAUCGACGCCGAGGGCAGGACGGUGCUGAGCGUGGCGGCCGCGCAGGGCUCGCAGGAGACCGUGCGGCUCCUGCUCGACCGCGGGCUCGACGAGACGCACCGCGACAACGCCGGGUGGACGCCGCUGCACUACGCCGCCUUCGAGGGCCACUGCGAGGUGUGCGAGGCGCUGGUGGAGGCGGGCGCGCGCGUCAACGAGGUCGACAACGACGGCAAGCACGCGCUGGUGCUGGCCGCGCAGGAGGGCCACGCCGCCGUGGUGGCGUCGCUGCUGGACGCGGGCGCCAACAUCCACCACACGAGCCACGACGGGCGGUCGGCGCUGCGCGUGGCGGCGCUCGAGGGCCACAAGGACGUGGUGCACCUCCUGCUGUGUCGGGAGGCGGACCUGCACUACAAGGACGCGGACGGGCGGUCGACGCUGUACCUGCUGGCCCUGGAGAACCGGCUGGACAUGGCGCGCUUCCUGAUGGAGAGCAACGCCGACGUGGAGAGCACGGACCUGGAGGGCCGCACGCCCCUGCACGUGACCGCCUGGCAGGGCCACGCCGACAUGGUCGCUCUCCUCCUGCAGGGGGGCGCGCGCGUGGACGCGGUCGACAAGGAGAACCGGACGCCGCUGCAGAGCGCGGCCUGGCAGGGCCACGCGGAGGUGGUGCGCCUGCUGCUCGAGCACGGCGCCAACGUGGACCACACCUGCUCGCAGGGCGCCACGGCGCUCAGCAUCGCGGCGCAGGAGGGCCACGAGGCCAGCGUGGCCGUGCUGCUGCAGUACGGCGCCAACCCCGCGCACUCGGACCGCUGCGGGCGCACGGCCAUCAAGGUGGCGCUGAAGGGCGGCCACAUCCACGUGGCGCGCAUGCUGGAGGAGAGCCUGAUCCAGCAGCAGCAGGCGGGCGGCGUGGGGCGGGGCCUGGCGGCGCCCUCGUCCGUCGGCUCGGGCUCCACGGCCGAGACCAAGCCCUGCUCGGCGCUGCUGUGCCCGGGCCUGACGGCGUCGCCGGCGGAGUCGCCCGAGUCCACCUUCGAGAAGCGCCGCUCCGUGGCGUCCCUCGGCCAGCACUCGUCCUCCAAGUCCUCCGGAAACCUCACCACUUCCACACAUUCCUCGGGCGGCCCGCGCGCCCCCACGCCGCGCGAGGCGCACCUGCAGCAGCACCAGCAGCCUCUGGCGCCGCCCGCUCCGUCGGCGCCCCCCGCGUCGGCCAUGUCGCCUGUUCUCAGCUUCACGCAGCAGCUGCAGCAGUGCGGGCGCGGGCGCGGGCGGCGCCACCCGCCCCCGCCGCAGCCCGCCCUCACCCCGCUCGACGAACCCGCGUCGCCGCUCUACGCGUCUCCGCCGCUGUCGCCGCUGAGCGACGGUCCGGGCGGAGGGCGACACUUGCCGGCGGGCGCCAUCCUGGAGGACGACUACACCGUGCCCCUUCAGCACUCCGCGGUCAGGCCGCCGCGCCCCUCCGCGCCCCCGUCAGCAUCACGCCAGAGAUCGGUCGUCGAGGCGGCGGCGUCCUCAGCGGCGGUGGAGGCGGAGGCGGCGUCGUGCCCGGGCUGGGCGGCAUCCCCGGCAUGGGCGUGAGCGUGCCGGGCGUGGGCGGCGCAGGCUCGCCCGGCUCCUCCGGCUUCACCUUCACUCAGGACCAGCACAUGCGCAUCAUCCUGGGCACACGAUCCCCCGAGCCGCGCCCGCGCCGCAAUGGCAUCGUCACCAA